AGAUAGUAGCGCCAUUGUGGCCUCCCGGGAAAGUAAGUUAAGAAAAAGUUUUCCUUCAUCGGAAAAAUCUCCAAUUUUGUCACAAAUAUGCAAAGACGAUGACUUUAAUUGAGCAAUUCCGUGCGUGCUGGCUCAUCGCUACCUUCGGGAUUAUCCUCUUCAUUGCUGGAGCGAGUAUUCUCUUCUGGAAUGAGGGACGUGCUGUGCAUAAGAUUCUGUCCCUGGAUGAGGCAUUGAAUGACGCUGUAUCGCUGAAUCCGGAAAAUCCCUUGGAGAGCACGUACGAGGGGCGCCUGGUGCACAUUUCCGGAACUCUCGUGACAGAUGAGCCACUCACGGAGCCCGACUACGGGAUUCAAGUUCAGGCAGUUAAGCUGAAGCGGCGUGUGCAGAUGUUCCAGUGGAUUGAGGAGACUGUGGAGCAUCGCUAUGGGGAGAGUAUUGCGUCGGUGGAGACGGAAGACAAGAACUACUACUACACGCAGGAUUGGCGGGAUAAGCUCAUUGAUUCGCGGAAUUUCUACAUUCGCACUGGGCACCACAAUCCACGAGCAUUUCCCAUUGAGAGUCGCAUCCAGGUGGCGGAGCGCGUCCAGAUUGGCUACUAUGAGCUGGGAGCAGCUGUCAAGGAUCGCAUUUCGACUUUUGUGGAGCUGACGUCGGACAGCCGACCGGAGGAUCCGGCUGUGAAGCUCCAUUCGGGGCUCUACUAUCACUGCAACGAUGUUUGGAAUCCGGAAGUUGGCGAUAUUCGCAUCCAGUUCUCAUUUGCCGGGCUUGAGGGGGAAUCAUACACUGUUGUGGGGCGCCUGCAGCGUGGGACGAUUGUCCCGUACGAGACAAGCCUCAAAUCCCACGUCCUGCUCGUCUACCGGGGCCAGUUGAGUGUCACGGAAGCUUUCAAGCAGGAACAUCACUCCCAGCGGAUGACAACGUGGAUUAUUCGUUUCUUCGGGUGGCUGCUCCUCUUCUUUGCCGCCACUGCAACGGCUUCCGUUGUUCACGUUGCCCUGGCUCAGAAUCGUUUCCUGUCGCGCAUUGCACCGGAUCCAUCGCAUCCCGUGUCGGCAAACUUCAUUCUCUCCUUCUCCCUGGCCCUCCUCAUUACAGCCCUUGCGUGGGCCUUCCACAGACCCUGGAUGGGGGCAGGAUUGCUCCUGGCCGCUGCUUCUCCCUUCCUCUACUGCGCCCGUGGUGUGGCACAAUAUCACAGAGUUAAUAACUGAAAUGCCCCCCAAAGCGCCCCCAAAAACAAUAAUUGUGUAGUUUUUUGUGUGAUAAUUCUUUUGUCGUUAUAAAGUAAUAAUUUCGAAUUUA